AUGGCGCCCGGCGCGUCCUCCAUCAACGACGGAUUCCAAGAAUUCUAUGCGCCACGUACCACAGAGCCCUCUUCAACAUACCAACAACAGUCGAUGCCGCCGGCCGAGCAUCAAAAACCCCAAAGGUCGAUCGGACUCCACAACUCCCGAGGUCCCGUGGAUCGUACCAAACCUGACGACGACGAUCAAAUACAAACAGGCUGUUUCGGGGAGAUUAAGCACUACAAGGCUGGAGACGAGUUCCUUUUGCUAUGGAAGUGGGUAGAUGACUUCAUGGACAAACGGCGAGCUAAGAUCAAAUCCAGCAAGUCACAUAAUGUCAACACGUCAACUUCACGACAACCCAAGUCAACUCCCUCUUCAUCACGCAAGGCCCGUCAAGUGCCCAGGCCAGCAGUUACCCCAUCACCGGAAGCAGUGAGAAGACAGGCUACAGACAGAGAAGACAUGCGUGAGUACAUCGCUCAACGUCAUACGCCGUGGGGCGAGCUCAUUUAUCUGUACCGAAAUUGGAAGGACCAACAAGCUAAGAAGAAAGCAGAUCAAGCAAGACAGAAAAGGGGCGAGGAGAUCGCCAGGAGCCAGGCCACCGUGAGAAGGGACGAGUCAUCUCGCGGUCGCUCAACAAACCGACGUGAGCCUCCUCGAAAUGCCCCGUCGCCACCAGAUCAAGAUCAUGCAGCCGACUCCCAGCCAGGCAUAGCAAGGAAGCCAGUUCCCAUCUACAACAAGAAGAGAGGUGAGGUUCAAAAGCACGCCGUCAAGAUCGCUCAGCUACCUCCAGUACAUAACAGCGUUCAUCUUCAGCACACCCCCUCAAACAACUAUCGCGCCGGACCUUCGCCUGCUCGUGGCCAGAAGGACAAGUUCAAUCGCAAUACACAGUUUUCCGACUUCCUUCACCAGGAGCAUAACGCGCCGUCCGCUCUGUUGGGCGAAACGGAAGGGACCUACGCCGGACCAGGUGAAGACGCCGACCUGGUGCGCAACAGCCACUUCUCAUCAGUCCUCGAUCCCGCAAAAGCGAUCAAGAAAGCCAAAGAGGCCGAGAAAGCGAAAGGCCCCAAAUGUUACAUCUGCGGGACUGCGUCCACCAACAGCCCCGGAGGCUACCGCGACAAUAUUACCAACCUGUGGGUCUGCGUAGCUUGCCAGCAACAGGAAGACACUUGCCCCGUCCAAUGCACCGUCUGCGGUGCAGAUUCCCCUGAUACCGGAUAUGCCCGUAAUGGGUUGUGGAUGUGCAAAGCAUGCCGAAGCCCGACUACGCCGAAGGAGCUGCCGCCGUCACCAAAGUUUUCUCGCAAAGCCACAUCAAAGCCGAAGCCGGCGUCAAGGCUCAACGACCAUAGCUCUCGUGCUUCGCUAGCCAGUCACGCUGUGCCCAUCUCGGAGUACGACAGUGAUCAUCUCUACUCCGACGACUCGUACGAGACACGAGCGACCACGCCCCUAUCCAAGAGGCCAAUCGGACUCGGUAUCACACUCCAAGACUCGGAAGAGGAGGAGGAGGAGGAGGAGGAAUUCCGGCCCAUACCCCCGCUCAAAGACAGCAAAUACUACCAAGACUCCCCGACCCUCCCAGCCAUGGACUACAACCGAUCCUACCUCCGCAAACCGGGCACGAAGCACCCGUACGCACCCUCGUCGGCAUCGACAGCAUCAAGGACAGCCCCAGCCCCCUUCGCUCCCGACCUCCCCGGAGCCAAACCCUCCAAGAAACAGCGCCGUCAGCAAGACCGGUCCUUCAACCCGACCACUUACCCAUACCCGUCUCCCCCCGGCACACCGGCGCCGCUCCACAAGCCGAGGCCGGCCAGCAGCGUCUAUCCGACCGACGAGCCCGCCGUCGACUUCCCGUACCCGCCUCCCCCGAUCCCUCAACGGUUUGCGCAUCGGCCGAAGAGGUCCAGUUCCGUCAGUCCCGGAACGCGUUCGAAAGCGGCCUUGGCUCGUACGGAGCCGGCGAGUCCGAGAUCGCAGUCGUCGCCCGUGAGCACGGAGGGUGGACGGACGGGACUCAAUAGACGCUCCUCGUGGUAUGAUUUUUGGAAGCCGGUUUUUGAGAAGCCGGGGGAGGGAAGCCCUUGA